CUGUUCCUGCUCCUCCCAGUUCAAAGAUGGCAGCCAUGGGACAGAGAUGAGAGACGACACAAAUUAAGGAGUUUGGUCAUGAAACCUCAUCGGGAUGAACAGCUGUUACAUGCUUGGUUUUGACAUGACAACGAUAUAUUUUGUAGCUGCAAAUGUGUUGUCCUGGCCAUACAUUUAAGGGUUUCAGAUAUAUCAUGAUUUCCUGUGAGCUAAGCUAGCAAGGAACGGUUAGCCAAUAAAUGAACCUCUCUCUUCUGGAUACAAGAAGACAGCAGCUGCUUUGCAUACGGUCUAUUGACAUACUGCAAGCCCAAAAUCAUCAUGGCCAUCACUCAGUUCCGUCUUUUCAAGAUCUGCACAUGUCUUGCCAGCUUGCUCUCUUUCUUUAAAAGGUUGAUAUGCAGGACUGGAAGGGGCCGUAAGCUCAGCGGUGAUCAAAUUACUCUCCCAACAACAGUGGAUUUUUCAUCAUCAGUACCAAAACAGCCAGAGAUUGAGGAAUGGAGCUCUUGGGAUGAAGAUGCUCCUACAAGUAUUAAGAUCGAAGGUGGAAACGGAAAUGUUUCCCCUUCACCCAACGAGGAAGAUGACGAACCGGACUACUUCAAAGACAUGGCUCCCACCAUCAGGAAAACACAGAAGAUAGUGCUGAAGAAGAGGGAGCCUUUGAACUACCCGGUGGCUGAUGGGUCGGCAGGUUUCUCCAGCAGAUUGGCCGCCUCUCAGGACAUGAUGACCUUCAGUCCACCUUCGGCGGAACUGGGAGAAAUGGACACCUGGCAGGAGGACGCAAACGCCUGGGAGGACGAGUCUGAUGCUGCCUGGGAGGCGGAGGGGAUGCUCAGACAACAGAAGAUGGCUGAAAGAGAAAAGCGGUCCAUGGAGCAGCAAAGGAAGAAGAUGGAGAAAGAGGUUCAGAGGAUGAUGAAGAAGGAACAAAAAAUUGCAGUCAAGCUCUCGUAACACUUUAGAAAUGCUCAGUGUUGAGCAGAAGAGAUGAAGGGGAGGGAGGGGGGGGGGGCAAAGACUUUAAAUAAUUUGUUAUUCUGUCUUUUAAGUUAUCAAAACGACCAGGAUGACCACCCGCACUACUCAUCUGUAAGCAAACUCUCCUGUUUCUCCAUCCUUUUUCCACCAGCAGCCACAUUCAUGUGUUUUCUAGCUGCAGCAGUGUAACGUGCAUCAUUCUAAAGAGGAGACAAUAUCGGUUCAUGUUGCUGGGUAAUUCUUGUCUUCAGGGGAAAACUGUAUUCAUAUUAUCUGGUUCAUCUUAGCUGCAGCAUUUAAAGACACCAUGUGGAGCUGAUUCAAACUGUACGGUUGCGACGGAAAAUGAUCUACUUUGUUUUUUUGUUUUCCCCCAGUAACAUCUGUAAAUAAACAGGUACCUGUGCUACCUUUUCAGACACAAUUUGGGCAAACAAUUCCUUGUCUUUGUCUUAUUUAUGAACUUUAAUGACAAAGGAGUAUAACUCAUUGUAAGCAUCACUGUAUGCCAGGGAUGUCUUGGUUUGCUUAAUUGUUUUGAUUUGAUUUUUAUGUCUUGCAUUGUCUAAAAUCUUUAUUCUUUUUCUAAUUAAUGUUGCGCAAUAUUUCAGGAUCUCCCUGUACUGUGCGGCCUGUUGUACACUGGAAAAUAGCAUUAAAAUGAAGGCAGGAGAUAUUCAAUCUUAGUAUGUAUUAGUGACCACAGAUUUGAGUGUUGCCCAUCUAUAAAUGCUUGCUGUGGGUUCCUAUGGUAAUCACAUGGCCACAGAUAUGCCAUUACAUCUUUUUCUUUGUCUGCUUCUGAUAUAGAAAGAAACUAUCCAGAACCCAUCAAUGACUUAUUUUUAUUCCAUGGGCACGGUUACUUUGCUCUUAAAUAACUGAUACACUCACUGAACAGGCGCAGUCCUUAUAAAAUAUGAAUCAUGAUCGCAAUGUAGUCUCCAUACAGAGAUGGAAAUUAAAUUCUUGCUUCUUUCUCAUCUCUGUAAACACGAGGCUAACUGAAGUUAAUGGUUUUGAAAGAACAUUCUGUUAUGCAUUAUUUUACUGAUAUUACCAGCCACUGUUGGAGGAUUUGGUAACAUUGGGAAUAGGCAAGCUGUUGUCAUGGAAACAUUGUCAAGUGAGAAAAGUCCUUGUAAAUUAAAAUGAACAGAAAUGA